AUGGCCUCCAACUACAAGCAACCAGAGCACAAGCUCACCAUGAUUCCUGGCCCCAUUGAGUUCAGCGACGCUGUCUUGGGUGCCAUGGCUACUCCUUCUCAGGCCCACACCUCGCCUGAAUUCGUGAAAACCUUCCAGAAUGUCUUGCAGAACUUGCGUAAGGUGUUCAAGUCGACGGAUCCUGAGGCCCAGCCUUACGUUGUUGCCGGCUCUGGUACUUUGGGCUGGGACGUUGCUGGUGCCAACUUGCUCAACAAGAACGACAAGGUGUUGGUUCUCCUGACGGGUUUCUUUUCUGACUCCUUUGCUGAGGCCUUGCAGGUCUACGAGGCUCAGGUUGACGUGGUGACGGCGCCUGUGGGCGACGUGGUGCCUCUUGACCAGAUUGAGCAGCACUUGAAGAAGGAGAAGUACACCGCCAUCACCAUCACCCACGUGGACACCUCCACCGCUGUGGUUUCUGACGUGGGCAAGAUCGCCGCUCUCGUCAAGAAGGUGUCUCCAGAGACUUUGAUCAUUGUCGACGGUGUCUGCUCCAUCGGUGUGGAGAACAUUGAGUUCGACAAGUGGGGCAUUGACUUUGCCUUGACCGCCUCCCAGAAAGCCUUGGGCGCUCCUGCCGGCUUGUCUGUCUUCUACGCCUCCUCCAGAGCUGUCAACAAAGCUGUCAACAAGGAGAAGCCUGCUGCUUUCUUCGCCUCCAUGAAGAAGUGGACUCCUAUCAUGAAGGCCUACGAGGGCGGUGGAGCUGCGUACUUUGCCACCCCUGCCAUUCAGAACGUCACCGCCCUCAAGGUCUCCUUGGACGAGAUCUUGGGCCAGGGCUUGGACGCCAGAUACGCUACCCACGACGAGGCUUCCACCAAAUUCAAGAACGAGCUCGAGGCUUUGGGCAUGAAGCUCGUGCCUAACAAGGAGGUUGCCGCUCACGGUCUUACCGCUGCCUACUUCCCAGAGGGCGUUAACGGUCCAGACUUCUUGGGCAAGUUGGCCACAAAGGGCUUCACUGUCGCUGGCGGCAUCCACAAGGCUUUGGUGGGCAAGUACUUCCGUGUCGGCCACAUGGGCUACUCUGUCUACGAGGGCCACGUUGACCGUUUGCUUGCCGCUAUCAAGGAGACCUUGGCUGAGUUGAAGUAG